CUGCAGCUCCUGAAUCUCCUGUCCAGGAUGGAACAUUCCUGCUCGCUCCUGCUGCUCUGUGCUAGUUUUCUGUUUGCACGAGCUCUGCCACCCAAUGGAACUGAAUUUCCAAAAACGACCACAACAACCAAUUCCACCGAAGAGAACAACUUGCACAAGGACCUGCUCACUUCUCUGCUGAUUCUGGGCCUGGUUGUCAUCAUCUUCCUGGUGCUGGUUGGGUAUUUUUUCAGGUUCAGGAGACACAGGAAAGCUGUCGUGACCUCCGGGGACAAAAAGAUGCCGAACGGGAUCCUGGAAGAGCAAGAACAGCAACGGGUCAUGUUGCUCAGCAGGUCUCCCUCCGGCCCAAAGAAGUAUUUUCCUAUUCCGGUGGAAAAUCUGGAGGAGGAAAUCCGGAUACGCUCAGCAGACGAAGGGAAGCUCUUCCGGGAGGAGUUUAAUUCAUUAACAUCUGGAUAUGUGCAGGGAACAUUUGAAAUGGCAAACAAGGAAGAAAACAGGGAGAAGAACAGAUAUCCCAACAUCCUGCCAUAUGAUCAUUCCAGAGUGAUUUUGACCCAAAUUGAUGGAGUCCCAUCUUCAGACUACAUUAAUGCAUCAUACAUAGAUGGUUAUAAAGAAAAGAAUAAAUUCAUAGCAGCACAAGGACCGAAGCAAGAAACAGUCAAUGACUUCUGGAGGAUGAUAUGGGAGCAGAAGUCAGCCAUUAUUGUCAUGUUAACCAACCUGAAAGAAAGAAAAGAGGAAAAAUGUUACCAGUAUUGGCCUGACCAGGGGUGCUGGACUUAUGGAAACAUCCGUGUGUCCGUGGAGGAUUGUAUAGUGCUGGUGGACUACACCAUCCGCAAGUUCUGCGUGCAGUCGCUUCAUGAUGGUUGUAAAGCUCCAAGGCUCGUCACACAGCUUCACUUCACCAGCUGGCCAGAUUUUGGGGUGCCUUUCACACCUAUUGGGAUGCUGAAAUUCCUGAAAAAAGUCAAAGCAUUGAAUCCUGCCCAUGCUGGACCAAUUGUGGUUCACUGUAGCGCUGGCGUGGGCCGCACGGGCACCUUCAUUGUCAUCGACGCCAUCAUCGACAUGAUGCACGCGGAGCACAAGGUGGACGUGUUCGAGUUUGUGUCCAGGAUCCGCAAUCAGCGGCCACAGAUGGUCCAGACUGACAUGCAAUACUCCUUCAUUUAUCAAGCCUUACUCGAGUACUACCUCUAUGGGGACACCGAGCUCGACGUGUCAUCCCUAGAAAAACACCUCCAGACAUCCCACAAUGCUGCCCCAAACCUGGUCAAACUGGGGCUGGAAGAAGAAUUCAAAAAGUUAACAAACGUUCGGAUCAUGAAGGAGAACAUGAGAACUGGGAAUCUUCCAGCAAAUAUGAAGAAAGCAAGAGUCAUCCAGAUCAUCCCGUAUGAUUUUAACAGAGUGAUUCUCUCAAUGAAAAGAGGGCAAGAAUAUACAGACUACAUCAAUGCUUCCUUCAUAGAUGGCUAUCGCCAGAAGGAUUAUUUCAUUGCCACCCAGGGCCCUCUUCCACACACAGUGGAGGAUUUCUGGAGGAUGGUGUGGGAGUGGAAGUGCCACACCAUCGUGAUGCUCACAGAGGUCCAGGAGAGGGAGCAGGUACGUGUGUCCC